UUGUCGGCUCGUUUCUCACACAGCGCGGCGCCACUGGUAGUUAUUGUGAGAAAAAGAGAGAGAGAGUGACAAAUUUUCACACAAAAUAUCCACAAAUUCUCGCUCCAGAGGCAGUUUUGGUGGUCAAAAAGUGCUGAAUAUCACUCAAUCGCUUCCUGCCACUGCUGAGCUAGUUGGGGAAUUGAUCGUGAGUGUCUGGGAGUGGUUUUCUGUGACGAACGCACAUAACCUCUGCAGGAGGACAAGGAGAAUCCUCUGGGGUCCAACAUAUGGUGGAAUUUUGGUGAAAAUUCCACAGUGAGACUUGGAUAUUCAUCUGAUACGUGAUCUGUUGACACUAACGGAGAGAAGAUGCCUGCAAGUGGCCCUGUGUACCAGCCCACGACUGUGUCUUACGAGCCAAGGCCAGGAGGCUUGCUCGCCCAGACGACUUCCGUGUCGCCACUGCGGAUGCUGAAGAAGCCUCUUCCGCAGGCUCUGCUGCUCUUUGUAGCGCUCCUAUUUGUGGCGGCGGGCGUGACAAUGAUUGCGAACGGAGCCGCAGACUUCGAGGACACAGAAGAGCACAAAGAGGAGCUCGGAAUGGACACUGCAGACACCACUGAGGGGGUGGAUAUUGGCGUGGUGGUCGGAGGUGUCUUCAUGACCAUCUUUGGCUUCUUCCUGUUGGGCCUGUACGUGAAGGUGGCGGACUGGCGACGCGGUUGCAUCUGCCCGUGUCACCUGUCGAAGAAGCAGGGUCUCGCCAGGCAGUUCCAGGGCUCUGGCGGUGGCCAGAUCCUCGCCCUCAACCCCUCCACCGAUCCUCUGGUGUCUCACACCCAAUACGCUCCCGUGUCGGAGCUCCCAGCGCGCCUGGACGACGAGGAGCGACGCAAUCUCAUGCCGGACACGAAGGAGUGCGUGAGCAGCGCCGAGGAGUCCGACCGGAUGCUCGACCCUGAUCCACGCAUCGUCCUCCGUCCCACCGGCCACGUGGAAGAAGCAUAACUAAUAGUGAAACUGAAGGCCCUGCUCGGGCGCCUGGGGCGUCGGAGGCGCAGCGAAAAGUUCUAGGUGGCGCCCAGGUGAGCUGCCCUGUGAGAUUGAUCAUGACACGCAAAGACACCACAUUUUAUUUAUUGAUUCCUCAUUUUAUCGUUUGUCUAACAUUUUUAGGGGUGAAUUUCGCGGUGCCACCGCGGAAAAUCACUCUCAGGCUGGGUGGCUUGAUGACUCAUUGUUUACAAUCGUGCGAGGGUAAUUAAUAGGAGCUAAUGAGGCACAUUGUGAGGCAAAUGGGGACAGAUUAGAAUUAAAUGCGAGGCUAUAUUGAGCAUGACGCCACUCUUAUUGUCUACCCUUUCAUGAGUGUAAAGAAUGCAUCGAGACAUCGUGCUGUAUCAUCACUACUAAUGAAAAACUGCGGAAUUUAACCCAAACAAUCCAAUUUUCAUGCAAAUUUUAUCACUUGAGAGACUGUUUGAUGAAUUUGUUCCCCUCUUCACGUGGAACCUCAUUGUUAUCUGAACGUCCUGUGUUCUCUCGACAUCCAAAGACAAGCAAAAAAUACAACUUUAGUGGCAAAUAAUCUCAUAAUAUUUAUUUGAAAGCAAACUUCAGAAGCAAUUAGGUUUCACAUUAUUGCAAUCUCUGGUUUUCUUCUGCCACUGUGUGAAAGGAGAGGAAUGACACCUCCUGAACUAAUACAAAUAGAGAUAUAUUUCUAUAUUUACUCCAAUUGAACUAAUAUUUUUCUAUCCAAAACUUGUGAGGAGAGUAGACGAGACGGCAUAAGAACACAUGAAAUUGAAAAGUAUUAAAAGAAAUAUGGAAAUGGCAUUUAAAUAACACAUAAAAAAGUGAAAAUAAUCUCUAUUGAGUAGAAAAUAAAUCGCAAUUUAGUAUAAUUCCUAAUGAAAAAGAAAGUACUUUAGAAGUAAUUUAAAAGUGAAAUAACACCAGUUGCAAUUGAAACUUAUAGCAUUAAGCAUGAGAGGAGGAGAAAUAUUAAUGGAAUACACACAUUUUAAAUGUAAUCUUUGACGAAGAAGCUUGAAUCUAUAAAAGAAUAACAUUUUUAUAGGUAGACAAGCUAAAUAUCACAUUUUAUGCAGACUAAUACAUUUUGCGCCUAGUUUACUGGUAAAUACUGAUCUUGGUGAAGAAAAUUCCCGUCCAUAAUUUAAUUUUACACUUAUUUAAUUGUUUUUUGUAUUGGUGAAGAAGAUAUGAAAUGUUUUUCGUGGCGGCACAGCCGCCAAUCCCGCAGGAAUUUAUCACAAUUUUGAAUCAUUUUGUGGAUAACUUAUUGUUUUUAAGGUUGUAUCAUUGUACUUACAAAUAUAUUUAGUCAAUAAAAUUCUUUUCAAAAG